GAUUUGAUCGUUAACUAGCUAACUAGAGCACAUUAAAAUGAGUAAAGUAUUAAUCGUGUUUUCAGUUUUAUUUGCAAUGUUGGCAGUCUUCCUCACUGUUGGAUGUUUAAAUGGCAACGAUUGGUUGAAGGUAUGUCUUUCAGUUUGGGAAUUCAACCCAUUUAUCCAGAUGAUGAUGGUAUUGUCCAAGCAAAUGGACCAGCAACAAGCUGCUGCCAUGUUUGCACACGCCAACGACUCAAUCAAAGACAUCCCGGACAUUUGUCUUCAUGUUGGUCUGUUAAACUUGGAAACUUCCAUCAAGUUUGUGUCAAUCACAUUUAAUUUCCCAGUUGUUGCAUCAUCAUCCAAAACCACCAUAGCACUUCUGGUAAUUGCCAUAUUGCUCCUGAUCAUCGGUAUGUGCUUGUUAAUCAGAAGUGCGUGCUCACAAUCUGAAAGCAAUGAACGAAAAAGCAGUGCGCGUAGAUUCUCACUUGUAGGCACCGUGUUCCUAUUUAUUGCAGCAUUGUUAUUAUUGGGCGGCACUGCAGCUUACAUGAAUGGGCACAGCAAUGCUAUUCACCAUCCAAUGCAGGUGAUGAAGGACAUAUACAAGCAGUUCACACAGUUAUUGUUAAAUGGUGCCACACUAUCCCCUUCUGCUCAACAAUCCCCACAAAAGCAACAGAUCACGGGGUUACUUACACAGAUUAUUAUGAAAUCUGACCCAGCCUUCAGCCAUUCAUUAUACACAGCGUGGGCUGCUACGUGUUCUGCAUUGCUUUCAGUGCUUUGUGCAGGACUGGGGUGGCAUAAACAACGAAGUGAUUAAGAAUAAGUUGGGUUCCAAAGCUUUCAAUGCUGCUGUACUUUAUAAAAACAACCAACACAGUAUUGGUUACAGUUACAGAAAAAUAACUUUAAUUCCUGUAAGAAAGAUAUCUUUAACUCCUAACUCUCGUUAAAAUUAUGCAUUCUUUCGGUAACUCUAUAGCUUUAGUGUAGAAUAACUUUGGUGUAAUUGGGCAACUGUGACCUAAAUCAUGUACAAUAGUGUGUUGCCCAUAAAGUGUAGUAGUAAACUGUACUAUUUGCAUUUAAACAUAUCAUGAACCUGUUUCUGUAGUUCAGUUCUCAUUCUCACUCAUUAACACAUGAAUGUGCUUGCGUUAAAAGUUUCAUUUAUCCCUUAUUAUUAUUUUCUAGAUAAUCUAGAAACUGCAGGUUUUUAUUACUUUAGUAAAUGAUUAAUAGAAACAUGAGUGCCUUAUUUUUUAACCAAAUUUGAAAUUAUUAAUGAUAAUGCAAAACACACUACCAACAAUAUACCUGCAGUAAGUAUUAUAUAUGAACAAUCUUAUGCAUUUAAAAAGUUUCAAACAAUCGUUCUGUAAAUAUUUAUAUCGAUCAGUGCAGACUUUUUGUGUUUCUUAUUUCAGGCAUAGCAAUGUUAUAACACAAUUAUCACAACAUACUUUCAUUUUACUUAUUGCGCUAAAGUAUUUUAUUUUAAGUAUUUUAUAUUUUAAAGUGUCUUCUGGUAAAAACAUUAAUUUUAUUGUCAUACGGCAAGACUUCAUCAGGGUAUGCCGGAAUAAAAACUAACACCUUAUUGCAGACAGAAGAUUCAAUUAAAUUAAUGUUUUGAGAAAGCAAUUUAAUGUAUUGCAUUACACAGGCAACAACAGCCACAAAAAUAUUACACAUUUGUAUUGUAUUUUUCAUUCAACAAAUCCUGAACAGUUUUCUUUAUAAUCGCGGUGUGCAUCUUACCUUGGCUGGCUUUGAACACUUUACCUACAACUUUUGCUACAAUCUUCUUAUUUGACUUUGCAUUGUUUACAUUGUAUUUCUCAAACACUUCCGGGUUUUCUGUUUCCAUGGCAAUGAUGACAUCAUCACAUAAUGAUGAUAUCAUAGUGAUGUCAGAAAUCAUCUUCCAACCCAUAUUUUCAAUCACCUGGUGUGAGAAAUAAUUAAAUACAUCAAUAUAUAUGUAUUGGGAGUUAUGGCCUCUAAACCUAAUAUAUUGGGUUUGGGGCUCUGAUGACAUUGCAACCGUGUGUACCCAUUUAUCCUCACAUGGCAGGGCAACAACAGUUUUUAUGCCACGGGUGUUCAAAGUUACCACGUAUGUAACUUUGUGGGUGGUUUUGUACUCGUUAGAAAUAUAUAUUACAUUUGCACUCGGCAAGAUUGUACAUAUUCUAAAACAACAUAAAUAAAACAUAUUACCUGAA